ACACAAUGGACGGGCGAUCCACUUGCAGACGACGACUUUGCAUACGAACGUGCGUACGCGUACGUACCGUACAGCAUGCACUCAGUGUACAAAUCUAUAGUGUGCAAGUUGUGUGAACUUUUCAUUUGGAAUAAACCAGAAUUUGACUGAAGGAAUGUGAGAUCUUCAUGCGAAAGCACUCACUCGUAUUUCGACACACUUGUGAAUUUUGAUCAGGGAGGACAUUUUGAGCAAUCUUUUUCGUAUGGAAUCCGUGGAAAGUAAAGGGAAGCGUGCCUCGUUGAGAUGAAACUUGUUGAUGCGUGAGCGCUCACAAACUGGUCGAGUGACUAUCGACAUUCCGUGACAUUCAUUGUGUGCAUGCACCGACUCUCAACCAUUGAUCGUACCGUUUAGUGAACGUAAAUGACAGCUUGGAUUACCGGUACAGCACGGUGUAAGCCCCGUCCUAAAAGCCUUUCGGGGGAAAAAAAAGAGACGGGAAGGAUCUCGUGAAACUUUUAAAAAGUUGUUAAACUGUCGUCGACGCAAGCAAACCAGUGAAUAGUAAUGUUAAAACCGUGUGACAGUUCAUAGUAUUCCAGCAUUUUCAUGGUGGAAAAUUGUCCAACAUAAGUUUACGUUUCACAGUCGCGUUCCGAUCACAUUAUUGUAUGUCACCAUGAUCACACGAAAAAACAUCUUGAAUUCUGGAUAACAACUUUAAUCACCUGAUUAUUGUCAUGCAGCACAGGCCUCAGUGUGGACUUCAGAUUAUAGUGAUUGCUUUAUGGAUGCUUAUGGGUGCCUAAUGGCAGUUUUAUUACGGCAGAUAAAGCGCUCGAAAUUCUGACAAGCAUGGCCCAUGGACAUUUAGCACCGGUGAAGCACGCUUCGUGACGGUCGGUCGGUCCGUGUGCGUGAUGUUUUCACCCGGUCACCUGCCGCCGUCCGCUUCGCACGAACAGCACAACAGCAGCACGGUGAUGACCGGGAACCCAGUCACAGCUGGCGGGGUCGACUACGGUGUGCGGUCGGCGGUGGCGGGCGCCGGAGGCUACCCGGCCCGGGCUGCACAGGCUUAUCACGGGGGAGGAGGCAUGGACGCGGCCGCUGGGUUCAACUCGUACGGUGUCGGUGCCGGCAGUAACACCGCCGACAGCUUGAAAGGAUUUGAAUGCAGUGACUUGGACAAUGCUCUCCUUGGGUCGGGUGGGUUGCAUUCCACCGGCGGCAGUGAUGGACAAAUGUACCCCGUGCCAAACAGAACUAUGGCCACAAAUCCAGCAAACAUGCCUUACGGCGAAUAUGGACAAGGUGACACAACUUCUGAAGGAUUUGGAUAUGGGCAUGUGAGUAGAUCGAAUGCCUAUAACAACCAGUACAUGUCAGGUUCUAUGUACAGCAGGCAGACACGAGGGAUGAACAGCAUGAACACUACUCUGCAGCAACAUUCUUCGAACUCGGAUUAUGCAUCAGAAAACAUGACAAGGAGGAUGUCUGUUCCUGCUGCAGAAAGCAACGUGUCAAGCUACACACGUUCAAACUCGUACCCCAUUGGAGCACCAUAUGAAAAUGCACACAACCAGUUUCCUCCAUCCAGCCAGUCCUAUUCGAGUAUGACUGGGUACAAUCAAACAGCUUUUCCAGAACUGGACUCAAAUGCAUCCAGUGUGGCAGCUGGACAUAUGAGAAGGACUCAAGGAGGCAGUUACAUGCAAUCUUACUCAUCAAGUGCCGUCAAGAAACCGUCGUAUCCAACAGCAGGUACAGGUAAUGAUGGCUGGGCAGAUUCGGGUUAUUCAGCACAGUCAAAGUUCCCAUCCCAUUCUUCUAUGUCAAACCCAAAGGCCCUGAGCUCAUUGGACUCUGUGCCUGUGGACAGCAGUAGCAUGUACCCCCAGUUUCCACAUAGGAAUCAGAAUUCAACAACCAUGCAGGGAAUGCAGUAUAACAAUUCAAGACAGACACCAUAUCCAUCUGCAAACCCUGAAAUGACUGCAAAUCAAUACCCCUCAGUAAACAGUAUGGAUAUGUACACACCCACAUCUACUUCUAUGAAUUACAACAACAAAGCCGCUAAAACGUUUGCAGGAGGAAAUGGUACAGCGUACAAUCAAAUGGCGGUGGGUCAGUCACGAGCUCCAGGAUACAAACAUGUCACAAAUUCACAGCAAACUGCCAUGGGUCAGUCAAACAUGAGUGCUAGCUCACAGUCACAGAAGUUAAGACACUUUGGACCAAUGCCCAACCAGUCUCAAAACGCACAUCAUAUGCCAUAUAGGGGGUACAAUACUGCUGACACAUCUGUGAAUAAUGGCCAAUCUGUUGUUACACCUAACAUGGAUGGACAGUAUCAACAUUACAAUCAGUAUAGUGCUGGGACUACAACUACAAGGCACGGAAGAUUGCGAUCACUUGAUGGAAGAUUCGUAAGCGGUGCUUCGUCCAUGCAGGCAGGAAUGGCAGCCUCGACAUUCCCUGUGCAAAACCCAAACCAAAGGUCCUUUGAUUCAGUAACUCAUCAGCAAGGUGUUGCCAGUCAUUCAUUUGGUAACACAAAUACUGCAUACUAUAACAACAGAACUAAAACAGAUGCAUUCAGUCCAACCACAAUGCAGACCAAUGCUGGCUGCCAAGAAACGUACACCAAUCAGACAUAUCUUGAAGGCCAGCAGAGGUAUAAUGCAAUGAACUGCCCCAAUGCCAUUGCUAAUGAGAACUGUCCCCCAGCAUACCAAAUGCCGACUGAUGCAACUCAGUCGGAAGCAGACAUACGGCGAAAUAUGAUCUUCAGUGCAGAGUUGGAGAAACUAGCACGCCUUUCAAGGGACCCAAUGGCUGACGAUUUUGCCUUAGGAAUCAACCCCAUCGAUGGUGCGCCCCAAAUUCCAGAUACUGUCAGUAGCCUGGCCCAGCCUGUGAAAAAUCCUCCAUACCCGAAUGCUACUGGUGGGAACAUGGCUCGUGGUUUAUUCAACAAUCAGGGGACAAACUCAUCUGACAACAGUACGGGCAUGGGGAAAAAUUUCCAGUCCCCAUCAGCCAGUGCAUCAUCCGUAACAACGAACCAAAGUGUUAAGAUGACCAGUGCUCCAUCCUCAGUGACUGAGUCGUGUGCAGCUGCCUUGUCCGCCCCAUCCACACCCAGUUCCAAUGCCGGAGUUGCACCGCAAACAUCCCCAGAUUCUAACCCAACCAAGCCAGUUCGAACAUCUGCCCCUACCAAUCAAAGCACUCCGACCCCAACCACUGUCACCUCACAGGACAAAGGAAAAGAUUCCCAGAAUGCUGUCCAGCAGCUUCAGCGAUUGACGCAGUCCUUGAAGGACAAAAAAGAUGAUGGAGUGAAAGGAUCUCACAUGGAAUACCUGAGCCACAGCAGUGACAGUUCCUCCUCACUUGGUGGGCAGAACUGCAUUGCUGCCUUGUCUGCUGCCUGUCGAAACAUGAUCGCUGACAUGGAUAGCUCUGUUCCCAAACUUACUCCAACGUCACACAGCCCGGUAGGAAUGAAGGCAGUUAUGGAUAACACCGGCAGUAUUUUGGGACAGAAAUAUACACCUAUCCCAUCAAAUCAAACAUCAUACGCUUCUCAAAUGCCUGAGCAGAUGUUUUCACCAUCCACUGCUAACGGCCAGAAUAUAUCCCCGCCAUUGGUCUCAAUAGGCGACUCAUUUGGAUCCCCACCCUAUAAUACAGCAAAUAUUCCUACGGACUACCAGGUUCAGUUUAGUGAUUUCCUGGAGCAGAGUGUACCCAUGCAGAUGAACACAAGAAGACCAGAGGAGAAACCAAGGAAAAAGGGCAAACGCAAAAAGUCAGACGAAGUCAAUGACAUGCUCACAGCCAGUACUAUUGGCCCCAAGAAAAGGCGCGGUCGAAAAAAGUCGUCUCAAAACCCACUGAGUGUUGAAUCUUUUGACCAGCCCCCAUCCCUGGAAAAUUUUAAUGCAUCGACACCUGUAAGUGAUGGGCAGUUGCCGUUGGUUGAGGAAAACCCCAACCGCUCAGCCACACAAACACCAAACAUGCUGUCAAAUUGCUGGAGGACCAAUGAUUCGAAAAUAAAUAGUUCAGAGUCAAUGCCUGGUCUUCUGUCCAACCACCAACCCCCUUCUGUGGACAGUGAUAGUGUGACACAAGAUUUUUUAGACAGCGUGUUUUCCCCGGACACCACAAUGUCCACCACUAAUCAGGAGCCUGUUGACUCUUUCAGCCAGCUAACUUGCAUUAACCAAUCGCAUCACUCGCCAGCAUCCUCCCUUACCUCCCAGCAGUCCAUGAAUGAGACCGCAUCUACGGGGUCUUACUCAUCUCAAGGCGGACUUAUCUCACGGACCAACCAGAAUUUCCAAGUUGAGAACAUGGAGCAAUCAAAACUAGCUGUAAGCCAAGCAAUGAAAGCCAGUAAAACUUCCAACAGCACAGUGUCUUCCACGGGUGACUUUAUAUCCAACCCAGUGUCCACCUCCAGCGAUACCACGGACCCUAGCAGCGAGAAAGGUGCCCCCGAAGAAGUACACCCACUUAAAAUUCUGCAGGCCCAAAUUCAGCUGCAGAGGCAGCAGUUCAAUUUGAAUGACUCGCGCCCCUUGCCUUUGAAAAAUGCUUCCAGGAAAACAGCGGGGGUCAUUCCCACAAAGAAAACUGGUCCGUCCUCUGUGCAGGGCGAAGUGGAUGUGAAUGUACUGAUGGCAGAGGAGGAUGCCACAUGGUACAUGCCAAGUGAACAACCAAAGGAACCAGAGGUGCCUUGGGAAAACACCAGGAAGAACGCCAAAGGUAAGGACAGUUCUACUGUCUUUCCCUGGGACUGGUUUGCAUCAUGACAUUGAUGUGGUGAGAACAGCCCAAAAUCAAGGAACAAAACCACAGACUAUAUCACAGCGGAAGUUUCAGAGGUCCUGACAAAUUGUGAGUGACAUUAAAAUUCAACAAUGCACACAAGUGGUUUCUGUGGACUUUGUAUGUCACCAUGAUGCAGGCCAGUUUAUAAUCAAAUGGAAUGUUCUUCCUGAUCUUUUGGAUUAACCAUAAUUAUUACUCAGUUAGGCCAUUUUUUUUUUUAACUUACUUGGAUUACAGAUACGCCGCCGAAAAAAAUCAGAAAUGGAUAUUUUUUUUUAAAUCGACGCCAAAAAUUCCACUUUUGAUGACCCCCCCCCAAAAAAGUUGCCUUCCGAGUAGUACUCACACGCUUUUUAUUCACUUUUGAACCGCAAUGUCUGCAAACUUUCUACUUGAGUUUUAACUAGUGGUGGGAGAAAUCAGGGAUUUCAAAGCCGGUUAUCCUAAUUUUUUUCAAACCGAAUAACAGUUAUCCGAUUUUACUGGAAGUUUCCAUUCAGCUCACAGGCAUGCCAACAAAAAGUGACAAGUGAGGUGCUGCAUGCAAUGCCCUCCCAAUGACUGGGUAUGGUUUGCAUGAUUCAAUCAAAGAGGAAUAUUGUUUUUAUUUCUCCGUGAUACAAUGAACACUGGGCCUUUACAAAAACACUCCAGAACUGUAAUGUUCAAAUAAAUUGGUGGGAACUCUGAUAAUCAGAGACCAUGGAGCAAAUUGGGGGAUGUUCCAGCUGUUUUCUUUAGCCUGUGUCACACACAAAAAUGGAAGG